CCCAUGCCUCCUGAGCUAGACUAGACGACUUUGAUUCGAUCCAUACGAUCGAUCGCCGGCACGGCCGCGCGCAUGCUGGAUGGCGACGGUGAGGAAGCUGGUGGUGGAGGUGGUGGAGGCGCGGAACCUGCUGCCCAAGGACGGGACGGGGACGUCCAGCCCGUACGCGCGCGCCGACUUCGACGGGCAGCGCCGCAAGACGCGCACCGUGCCGCGGGACCUCAACCCGGCAUGGAGCGAGCCGCUCGAGUUCAACUUCUCGGGCCCCGGAUCCGGCGGCGUCGACCCCUUCGCCGGCGAGCCGCUCGAGAUCGCCGUGUUCCACGACGUGCGCAUGGGGCCCAGCCGCCGCAACAACUUCCUCGGACGCGUCCGCCUCGACGCGCGCCAGUUCGUGCGCAAGGGCGAGGAGGCGCUCAUCUACUUCCCGCUCGAGAAGAAGAGCUUCUUUUGCAGGGUCCGCGGCGACAUCGGCCUCAAGGUCUACUACCUCGACGAGCCCCUCGCGCCGCCGGAGCCUGAACCGACUACCAACGAUCCUCCUGCAGCCGAGGCAGAGGCGGCCAAAGAUGUGCCGGCGCCUGCGGACCCACCUCCGGUGCAGACAGAGGAGCCGAGCCCACCGGCAGAGGUGCCAGCAGCAGAGGCAGGAGGAGCACCACAGGGAGCUGGUGACGAAGCCAGCACAGAGAAGCCACCGGAAGCUGGCACGGCAGCGCCGACUCCGGCCACGGAAGAUGCACCUGUAAUGAGUUCGGAAGCGGUGCCAGCUGCGGACGGAGCGGCGUCCGAGAGUUAACACUCAAGAAGGCAAGCGUCUGCUAUGAGCAUGUGAGAGAUUCAACUAAGGAAGUGAUGUACUAUGAUCGUUAAUGUUAAUAUAUCUGUUAUGUUCAAAAAAAAACUAAGGAAGUGAAGAAAAGUGAGCAAAAGUUUAUAGCCUGAGAAAAAGUGAGCACAACUAAGAAACAAGGGGCAGAGAAUUAAAUAUCCCAAUAAAAAUAGUAAAGUAAAAAAGCAAAAAACUAUUUUCGGAGAAAGCCCGCUCAUUUAUGCAUGAAAAAAAAAGACAAUAUUGGGUGUUCACUUAUGUGAGUCAAGUGUUCCCGAGAGCGACAUGAAUUUUAAGCAUAUGAUUCUCAUAUGAAUAUAACGAGCAUUUUGUCAAGUUUGAUUCCUAUAUUGGACGGAGCCUAAGAUAGGUGCAACCAUAUACAUGGGAAAAUACACACCUAGUGAUUGAUCCUAAGAAUAUUUUCAUGAGGAA